GGGGGGGGAGCAUCAUGGGGGGUCGCCGCUGACACCGGGACCAGGACCGGCCGCCACAGGAACCAUGAAGUGCCAUGCUACUGCCGGCAACUUUCUGCUUCCCCUCUUGCUCCUGGAGCUGGUCUCUCCAGGUUGGGGCAAUCGGCUGCCGUACUUCAUAAACUACUUCUUCGACACCUACCUGCUGAUCAACGAGGAUACUCCUGUGGGUUCCUCAAUUACUCAGCUGCUGGCCCGGGACCUGGACAACGAUCCGCUGGUCUUCGGUGUGGUCGGUGAGGAGGCCAGCCGGUACUUUGCAGUGGAGAGCAUGACUGGUGUUGUCUGGCUCAGGCAGCCCUUGGACAGAGAGACUAAGUCAGAAUUCACAGUUGAAUUUUCUGUCAGUGACAGCCAAGGGGUGAUCAAAGGGACGGUCAACAUCCAAGUCGGAGACGUGAAUGACAACGCCCCGCAGUUCCACAACCAGCCCUACAGCGUCCGCAUCCCCGAGAACACACCAGUGGGCACACCGAUUUUCAUAGUGAAUGCCACGGAUCCGGACCUGGGGGCAGGAGGCAGCGUGCUUUACUCCUUCCAGCCUCCUUCCGAUUUCUUUGCCAUCGACAGUGGCCGUGGCAUCGUGACGGUAAUACAGGAGCUGGACUAUGAAGUGACUCAGGCGUACCAGCUCCAGGUCAACGCGACGGACCAAGAUAAACACAGGCCUCUGUCUACUCUGGCCAAUCUGGCAAUCAUCAUCACGGAUGUGCAGGACAUGGACCCCAUCUUCAUCAACCUGCCCUACAGCACGAACAUCUACGAGAACUCGCCUCCGGGUACCACCGUGCGGAUGAUAACGGCAAUCGACCAGGACAAGGGCCGUCCCCGCGGCAUCGGCUACACCAUCGUCUCGGGUAACACCAACAGCAUCUUUGCACUGGACUACAUCAGUGGAGCCUUAACCCUGAAUGGGCCACUGGACAGGGAAAACCCCUUGUAUAGCUCUGGAUUCAUCCUCACGGUGAAGGCAACAGAGCUGAACGAUGACCGCACACCCUCCGACGCCACUGUCACCACCACCUUCAACAUCCUAGUCAUUGACAUCAAUGACAACGCACCCGAGUUCAACAGCUCGGAGUACAGUGUGGCCAUCCCAGAGCUGGCCCAGGUGGGCUUUGCCCUGCCCCUCUUCAUCCAUGUGCAGGACAAAGAUGAGGGACCCAACAGUGUUUUUGAGGUUUACUUGGUGGGCAACAACUCCAACCACUUCAUCAUCUCACCGACCUCCGUCCAGGGGAAGGCAGACAUCCGCAUCCGCGUGGCAGUGCCGCUGGACUUUGAGACCAUUCCUCGCUACGAAUUUUCGCUCUUUGCAAACGAGAGUGUCCCAGACCACGUUGGCUUUGCGCGCGUGAAGAUUAACCUCAUCAACGAGAACGACAACCGCCCCAUUUUCAGCAAGGCCCUGUACAACGUAAGCCUCUUCGAGAACACCACCGUGGGGACCACUGUCCUCCAGGUCCAUGCAACUGACAAUGAUGUGGGCACGUAUGGGAAAGUCAAUUAUUUUUUCAGCGAUGACCCUGACCAUUUCUCUCUGGACAAGGACACGGGUGUAAUCAUCCUGACAGCUCGUCUGGACUUUGAAAUCAUGCAGCGCUACACCCUGACCGUCAUCGCCCGGGACGGCGGCGGGGAGGAGACGACGGGGCGCGUCAGGAUCAACAUCCUCGACGUCAAUGACAACGUCCCCACCUUCCAGAAGGAGGCAUACCUGGGGGCCCUGCGGGAGAACGAGCCCUCCGUCUCCCAGGUGGUCCGGCUCCGGGCAACUGACGAGGACUCCCCUCCAAACAACCAGAUCACGUACAGCAUCGUGGAGGCGUCUGCCUUCCGCGAGUACUUUGACAUCACGGUGUCAGAAGGGUACGGAGUGAUCAGCGUGAACCACCCCCUGGACUACGAGCAGCUGGACAACGGGGUCAUUUACCUAACUGUGAUGGCCAAGGAUGCUGGCAACCCACCGCUCAACAGCACCGUCCCCGUCACCAUCGAGGUGUUUGAUGAAAACGACAACCCCCCCACGUUCAGCAAGCCCUCCUAUAUGAUAACUGUCGUGGAGGACAUUAUGGCAGGAGCCACGGUGCUGUUUCUCAAUGCCACGGACUUGGACCGAUCCAGGGAGUACGGGCAGGAGUCAAUCAUCUACUCCCUGGAGGGCUCCUCACAUUUUCGGAUCAAUGCUCGCUCAGGAGAAAUCACCACGACGACUUUGCUGGACCGAGAGACCAAAGCCGAAUACAUCCUCAUCGUCCGGGCAGUGGAUGGAGGCGUGGGCCACCACCAGAAGACAGGCAUUGCUAUGGUCAACAUCACGCUGCUGGACAUCAAUGACAAUUAUCCCACAUGGAAGGAUGAGCCAUACUUCAUUAACCUGGUGGAAAUGACCCCCCCCAACUCAGACGUCACCACGGUGGUGGCUGUCGACCCGGACCUGGGCGAGAACGGCACGGUGGUGUACAGCAUCCGACCCCCCAACAAAUUCUACACCCUCAACAGCACCACGGGCAAGAUCCGCACCAGCGGGGUUCUGCUGGACCGCGAGAACCCCAACCCCCAGGAGGCCCAGCUCAUGCGCCGGAUCGUGGUGUCGGUCACUGACUGCGGGAGGCCACCCCUGCGAGCUACCAGCAGCGCCACGGUUUUCGUCAACCUGCUGGACCUGAACGACAACGACCCCACUUUCCAAAACCUGCCCUCCGUUGCCGAGAUCUCCGAGGGCCUUCCCGCAGGCUCCUUUGUCUUCCAGGUAGUGGCCAUCGACCUGGACGAGGGUCCGAACGGGCAGGUGACGUACCGCAUGCAGGUGGGGAUGCGCAUGGAUUUUGUCAUCAACAGCACCAGCGGGCUCAUCACCACCACCACCGUGCUGGACAGGGAGAGCAUCGCCGAGUACUACUUGCGGGUGGUGGCCAGCGAUGCCGGCGUCCCCUCCAAGAGCUCCACCAACACCCUGACCGUCAAAGUUCUGGACGUGAACGACGAGAACCCCACCUUCUUCCCAGCCGUCUACAACGUGUCACUGCUUGAAGACGUGGCCCGGGAUUUCAAAGUGGUCCGGCUCAACUGCACGGAUGCUGACAUUGGGCUGAAUGCUGAGCUCAGCUACUUCAUCCACCGGCUGCAGUCACUGUUCUCCUACAUGCUCCGUUGGGGCAAUCGGCUGCCGUACUUCAUAAACUACUUCUUCGACACCUACCUGCUGAUCAACGAGGAUACUCCUGUGGCUAGGGAUCGGUUUUUAGUAAAUGCAGAAAUCGACCCGGUCAUUCUCGGCCUCUUUCCAGGCUCUCAGUCCAUUAAACCUGUGCUCUUCAAUCAGGGCUCGUGA